UUAACACUUGCAAAUUUCCUAUUAAUCUCCUCCCAAGUUUUGGCAAUAAAUAAAUAAAACUAAAUCAACAACACACACCUUAAUAAGCUACGUGUCGUUAAGCUAUUGGUAGAAACCCCAUCAUAUGACGCGAAUAGAGAAAUUGACCAAAAAAAAAAAAAACGAUCACUUCUUAAUCAUCACUUCUCAGCUCUGUAACUGAAGCUGAACAAUAUAGAUCCUCCGUCAGAGCGGAAAUGGCGACAAAUCAGAGAUUAUAUCUCCUCUUCACUGUGCUGAUCUGUCUCAGCUUCGCUCUUGCACAGGCUAAGAAAUCGAAGGAAAGUCUGAAAGAAGUAACUCAUAAGGUUUACUUUGAUGUCGAGAUUGAUGGCAAACCAGCUGGACGCAUCACUAUGGGUCUCUUCGGGAAAACUGUUCCCAAGACAGCAGAAAAUUUUAGAGCUCUGUGCACAGGUGAGAAAGGUGUUGGAAAACACGGGAAGCCUCUGCAUUACAAGGGGAGUACAUUCCACAGGAUUAUACCCAGCUUCAUGCUUCAAGGAGGUGACUUUACUCUAGGCGAUGGAAGAGGUGGAGAAUCAAUCUAUGGGGAGAAGUUUGCUGAUGAAAAUUUCAAGAUCAAACACACAGGACCUGGACUCCUGUCGAUGGCAAACGCUGGCUCCGACACUAAUGGUUCCCAGUUCUUCAUCACUACUGUGACCACCAGCUGGUUGGAUGGUCGCCAUGUCGUAUUUGGGAAGGUGCUGUCUGGAAUGGAUGUGGUGUACAAGAUUGAAGCUGAAGGCAACCAGAGCGGCACACCUAAAAGCAAAGUUGUGAUUGUAGAUAGUGGUGAACUCCCAUUGUAAUCACCUUUUAUGCAUAUUAGCUGCACCGAGACACAAAGUAACAUUCGCUUCUAUCAACUUAGAAAUUUUUUGAGCUUGGACGCUGAAAUUUUCUGGCAAACCUUCUAAUUUUGAACAUAAAUUUAUUUUUCUUUGUUUA